AUGGAAGUAUUAUUUAAUUCUCCAGUUUCUGUAAAAAUAUCAUCAUCGUCUGAAGGAGUUUUUCAAAAAAGACAUGCUUUGUAUAAUAUAAAAGUUUUAAUCAAAAAUGCUGCUAUUGAUAAGGAAUUUAUCGUUGAAUUAUCAGAUGAUCAAAAACCAUCUUUUAUAUUUACUGUUUCAUUAACUCGUGAAAGCUAUCUGGCAUUACAAAAAGAACAAAGAUUAGAAGCUGACUUUGAUCAAUGGAAGUAUCUAAAAAAAAAUGAGGAGGAGCAUUUUAUUAAAGUUAGUUUUGAGGAAAAUGAUAAAAAAAUGACCAUGGAAUUAAUGUCGAAAAGUACAUUAAAGGCAUUAUCAUUACUGUCAUUAACAAUGAAUGCUUUAUCUGGAGAAGACUUAGUAUAUCAUUUAGAACGUAAAAUGCAAAUUAAAGUUCAAACAUUAGAACACAAAUUAGCAGAGACCAUCAAGAAAAAUGAAGAAAAAAAAAGUGACAUUGAGGGUAUUGUGGAGAGGUUGAAGAAGAAGAACAGUACUCUUGAAAAUGAAUUAGAGGACGGUCGAAAAGAACGUAAUGACUUAAAAAAUAUUAUUAACGAUAAAGAAAGUGAAAUAAGAGUAAUUCAAAGAGAUCUUGAUAUGCUAAAAUCAGAGAGGGAAAUUGAUUUAUCACAAAUAGAAAAUUUAACUGAUGAUUUAAAUCAGUGUCGAGAUCAAAUCUAUGAACUUGAAGAUAUUUUAAAAGACAGGGAUGAUGAAAAUGAUGAUUUAAAAGAGAGAAUUGAAAUUAUUGAGAAAGAAAGAGAUGCAUUAAUUCUUGAAAAUACACGUUUAAGAGAAAGAUGUAAUCAAUUAAAAGCUGAUCAUUCGAAGGCUAAUGAAAUCCUUGGUAAAUUUAUGUCUGAGCACAAUAAAGAAAGAUAUUCAAUUAGCAGUUUGACAAAAGAAGUAGAAAAAUUUAAAUCAGAAAAUGCAAAAUAUUCGGAAGACGUUAAAACAAUGACCAAGAAAAUAGUGGAACUGGAAAAAGUAAAUAAUGAACAGAAGGGAAGAAUUAAAUUACUAGAAUCACGAUGUGAAAAAUUUCAAGAUAUGGUUGUGCCAAAACGUAAAAGUAAUCCUGUAUAUAUAUGCGAAAAAUAA